GUAUCACUGUGUCUUCGACUACGACCAGCUCCUUCACCCUCACCAGCACGACCACCAUCACAUCCACCACCCUCGAAAACUACAACAUCAUCGCCGGAAGUUUGACCUUGGAAGUGAGUGAUUGCCCUGCCCUCGAUACGGCACAGGGACGUGCCGGUCUGGCAGAUGGCAUUGCGGAGACUGCAAAUGUGUCGGCUGAGUUCGUGGCCGUGACCGUGACUUGCAACCGGCGGCUCGAGGCGCUCAUGGAAGCCUUCCGGCGACUGUCGACCGCCGCAGACGUGGACUACCUGAUCGACUUGCCAUAUGAGACGCCGAAGGAG